AUGAUGUCGAUUGACAAGUAUAGUUUCCCACCCUUUGAUGACCUGCCGUCUGUUCCGGGGCAACCACAGGGUUGUCUAUGGGGAUUUUUCGACAAGGAUGGAAAGGAGGAUGAACUUGGUACCCUCAAUCUUCUUAACGCCGACACUGUGAGAAAUGCCUCGCUUGAGAUUCGUACCGGGAAGCACGUGCAACUGGAUUGGCCUAUGAAUAACCUUGAAUUCCCGGGCUUCGGUCGCAUUCCCAUUGAGCAUAAUGUGAAGCAAAUGGCUUCAGAGGGUUUCCUCGGGCUUGAUGAUGAGAUCAAAAUCAAUACCCAGACAAGCUCUCAGUGGGAUAGCUUGAAACACUUGAGGUGGUGGGAACAUCACAACCCAGGCAAAGAACCUCCGUCCGCAAUAUCACCCUAUGCGAUCCCUGUCUCCGAAUUAGAAGAAGUACUCAAGUUUCAAGGCACAGAAUGCCACCAAGGAGACGUUUUCAUCGUUCGAACUGGAUUCGUCCGUUGGCAUAAUCAAGCGGAUAAGUCUACUAGAGCUCUCGGAACUAAUCAGCAGCAUUACAUGAUUGGUGUAGCAAAUAACAUGGAAACAGUUCGCUGGCUCUACUCCAAGCACUUUUCAGCCGUUGCUGGAGAUACAAUGGGAUGGGAGGCUUGGCCUUAUCCUGAGGACUGCUGCCUUCAUGAGUGGCUCCUGUGCCAGUGGGGAACUCCAAUCGGGGAGCUGUGGAAUUUGGAGCAGCUGAGUGUUGUUUGUGCAGAAGUAAAGAGAUGGUCAUUCUUCUUAACAAGCGCUCCGAUUCAUGUGAUCGGGGCUGUUGGAUCUCCGCCAUGUGUCAUUGCUGUAUUCUAA